AUACACUAUAUUGCCAAAAGUAUUGGGCCAGCCCUCCAAAUCAUUGGAUUCAGGUUUUCCAAUCACCUCCAUGGCCACAGGUGUAUACAAUCAUCACCUAGGCAUGCAGACUGCUUCUACAAACAUUGGUGAAAGAAUGGGUCGCUCUCAGGAGCUCAGUGACUCCAAGCGUGGUCCCGUGAUAGGUUGUCACCUGUGCAAUAAGUCCAUCCGUGACAUUUCCUGGCUACUAAAUAUUCCACGCUCAACUGUUAGUGGGAUUAUAACAAAGUGGAAGCAACUGGGAACAACAGCAACUCAGGCACCAAGUGGUAGGUCACAUGACAGAGCGGGGUCAGCGCAUGCUGAAGCACACAGUGCGCAGAAGUCGCCAACUGUCUGC